AUUUUUCACACCUCACUACGAGUUGUAUAAUUUUAGUUGUGGGAAAUGGCAUGCGCCCGAAAAUUGUUCCUCCGCGUUUUCCUGAAUAACUCCUUGUCGGUGAACCGCACCAUCACCAUGUCCGCCGCCCGUCGCGCCGAGGAGGCCAUCGAUAAGCUGAAGGAGAGCAAUCCGUACUACUUCAAGUACGCCGGAAAGAUUGCCAAGCUGCAGCAGACUUCGGCGGAGGAGUUCCUGGAUCGCGUUGAGCGCGUGGUGAACCCUAUCAAGGAUGGCCAGAGCCAGGCCAGAUCGUAUUCGGAGUUGCUGAAUCCAAAGCAAAAGCUGCAGGCCCAGGAAACGGGUGAACUGCCCCACAAGAAGCUCAGCGACAUCAUGAAGCUGGAGCUGCUUGCCGAUAAGAGCGCCGAUGAGAUCUCUCAGAUAUGGUUGGAGUACCACAAGACCAAGGAGGUCCUGGCCGCCACCUUGUCCACCUCCCAGUACGAAAGCCUAAUGGCGCGCGCCAAGGAGCACCCCGUCUUCCUGAUCCCACUGCCACGCAGCGAGGGCUUCGAAUUCGUUAUGCUGCAGUUCGCCGCUAACACGGUGCACUUUACCCCGCUGCUGGCCUACCAGGUCCACCACGAGAACGCUCCCGAGUGCCUUACCCUGGUGCACUACACCGAGGUGGAGGACAAGGGAGUCGUCCUGAUGCGCGGCGAGUACGAUACCAAGGUGCUCACCGCUCAGGAGGCCCAGUGCCUGGCCAACGAACUGCAGAUGUUCUACCUGAAACCCGACGAGGGCAAGCUGAGCCUCCUGGAGACCUUCACCCGCAAACCGGACGAGUUCAAGCACAUGGAUCUGAUCAAGGAGGUGGAGAACAUCCAGCUGGUCUAGGCCCUGUCAUUUUAGUCAAAAUAAACGUUACACACAUACCGA